CUUAACAAUUUCUCAUCGAGGGUGCACGGUCGCAUAAGAGUAUUAAGCUAAAAUAAUUUAAAACGUGUAAAGAAUCAGUGCAUUAAUUUUCAUCGAUUUCAUAUUUGUUAUUUUUUUAUUUAACUUUCAUAUUUCAUGAGUAUUUGUAGUAAUUGGUAUAUUUUUUAUCCUGCAACUAUAUCCGGUUGUAGCUAAAGCAAUAAGCAACGUGCAUUUAUGCUCUUCAUGUGCUUGUUAACUGGGGCGGAUGUCGACAUUAAUGAUUUUGACGUGAAGUGCUGAGAAUUCAUUUUUUCCUACUCUCUUGUUCUUCCAUCUUCAUCAGAAAAGCGGCUACUGAAUGCAAAUUCUUAUUUUAUCAUGAAAGGACCAGCAGAAAAAAACUUUGAAGGCCUUUAUUCCAAUCCACGCUUUAUGCAUCAAGCUGGAUUAAUUGUAGGAUGCACUGUUCAUAUACAAGUUAAAAGUGGUUCUGUCUAUGAAGGUGUUCUCUCAACAAUCUCAAGCAAGGCUGAUUUUGUACUUGAAAUGGUUCGUAAAAUUGAUAUUAAGAAACCUGUCAACAAUUCUGCUGCUGUUUCCAAUUCUACGCUGACUUCUAUUACUGACCCACAAGAAAUCACUGAAAAAAUGGUAUUCAGGAUUGCAGACUUGGUUAUGGUAACUGCUGCCAAUGUUGAUCCUGAAUACGCAACACGAGAGAGUUUUACCGAUAGUGCUAUUAGCAAAUUUAAUGGUCAAGUCCUCGAAAAAGAACUAGAACCUUGGGACGGUGGUUCUUUGUCUGCUGAUGGCUUGGCAGACCUUGGUGGGAGUGAAGAAGAAGCGAAUGGAUGGGAUCCAAAUGACAUGUUUCGCACUAAUGAGGAAAAGUAUGGUGUGAAAUCAUCUUUUGAUAGCAAUUUACCUGGUUACACUAUACCACUGAAUAAGCAAAAUACUGAAGAGUACAAGCAACAGGAGGCAAGGGCUAGUAAAAUAGCUCAAGAAAUUGAAAGUGGAUUUCAUCAUAAAUCUAGAGCUGCUCUAGAAAAUGGGGAUGAAGAAGACAGAUUCAGUGCAGUUGUGAGGCCUGAGAAUACGAAUAACUUUAGGUAUGUAUCGCAUCGCACAAGGAAACCACAGAAUGUUCGAAACAUUCGAAGUAGUCCUGCGCCUUCACAUCAUACCAAUAGGAAUUCUCACCAGCAUUCCCAAGUGUUUCAUAGAGUAUCUAGUCCAGCUACAGCUGUCAAUAAUUCUCAGGGAAAUUACAAGAUGGUGAGCUCUGUCUCACCUCCUACUUGUGUAUCAACGAUAUCUCCACGGCCAACUCCCACUUCAACCCCUACCCCUCGACAAACUCCUUCACAGCCCAAUCAACUACCGUUGCAGCAGCAACCUCCAACAACACAGUACCAACCUGUGCCUGUAACUAGCACUGCUGUUAGUGUUGCUCAGCCUGUGUCUCGUGCCACUCCACCAACAACUCCAACUGUGCCUCAAGGGGAAGAAACUCAUAAAGUAAAUGGAGAAGUGGAUAAAACUGAAAUAAAAUUUACUCCUAAACCACCACGAUCUCUCAAUCUUCCAUCUGCUGCCAACAAAGAAAUGAGAGAUGCCGUUAGUAAUCAACAAAAUACUAAUAAGAAUGUUGAAAGGAGGAAGGAAGUUGAGAAGAAGUCUGCUGGACAAAAAGCUCGGGAUGACAAAAGUGAGGAUUUGAAGAAUUUUCAUAAUAAAUUCAAGCUUUCUGAGGAUAGUAAAGAUGGACAUGACAUGAAAAGUAAUGUGCCAAAAACGGAUACACAACCAGCUAUCAGUACUGGAUCUACUGCACAAAUUAAGCAUCACCCUAAAGAAAAACCUAAAGAAGAAGAAAGAAAAAUUGAAAGUGUGCCAGAAAGUCGGGCUAGUCCUGAUAACCCCAAAAGUUCCAAUUUGAAUCCAAAUGCAAAGGAAUUUGUAUUUAAUCCUAAUGCAAAAUCAUUCACUCCUCGAGGAAUUCCAAUGCAAACUGUUGUACCACCUGCUGUGCAACCACCUCCUCGUCUCCACACCCAAAGCCCAAUCAUGGCUAUGCCUCAGCCGCAUAUAAUGCCUGGCAUGGCCCAGACCGUUUUCAAUAUGGCUCCUCAUUAUGUAGUAUCUGCAACUCCAGUUUCUGUUCCUAUGGCUCCACCAUUUACACCUGCUGCAUCAGUUACUCAAGCUCCAAGGUUUAGAAAAGAUCAAGAAUAUGGUGUAGAUAUGGGACUUAAUCAGUAUGAAGACCUAAUUUUUACAGCUAUGCCUAUGACUCUCCAACGUCAUGAUUUGUCUCAGCCUGUCCAUGUGCAAGCAGCUACUGGUCAACCAAUUUUGGCACAGCCGACCAUCUCAGCUCCGCAGUUUACGAUUCAGUAUGCACCAUCCCCUGGCAUGCUUCAUCCUCCUGGUCCUCCUCAGCAGCUUGCUUAUGCUCAGAUGUAUUCUUUAAUGCCUCGAGUUCUGACACCUCAGACUGUUGGUAUGGUUCCAACAUCUGCUGCAUAUGGAGAGAGCCCCCAGAUUCCAACUCACGUGUACAUGCCUCAUCCAGGAACUCCAGGUAUUCAGCAUGCUAUGGCAUCUGCUAAUAGUGGACAGCAUUCUGCUCCAUCUACACCUCAAUCACAAACUCCAAAUCUCCACCCUGCUCCAUCUCCUGUUCAUCAACCACCACCUUCAAGUGGGCAUGGACAGCCACCAACUCCAACUGGUCAUCCUAGUAAUGCUCCAACUCCCCAACCAGUGAUGUAUACGCAUGGUCAUAUGACUACCCAACAUCCUUUGCAUGCGAAUCAUUCAUCAUCAAAUCAGGGUCAUCCUUUUGCUGCCUCAUAUGCAGGAACACCUCAACCGAUUGUACUGCUUCCACAGCAGCCACAUGCACCUCACCCUGCUACGUUUGCAUCAUCAUUGCAAAAUCAUCAUCUGCAUGGUCAGACUCCUGGUAGUCAUGUGGGAACUCCAACUCAUGUUUUGCCUCAUGCCCCUAUGGCUAUGAUACCAACAUCUGCUGCUAUGGUACAUACCCAGACAGCAGCCAUUAGCAGUGGCCAUUAUGUUCCACACUCUCAAGUGUGAUGCCAAGAUAGCUUCGUAGUUAAAAAUGGGAGUGUGCAAAAAGAAGUCAAGUUAUUGUAAAAUGAUAGAGAGCUAGAAAACAAAGUUAGCAAAUUACUUCAUAGACUUAGAAUACAGUACAAUAGAAUGUUUCUUUUGUUACAAGAUUAUGCCAACAUUUUCUAACAGAACUGCUGUCUUAGAUUGAAUAAUGUGCUAUGAAACUACUACUAAUAAAAUUGAGCUCUGGUACAA